CAGCGGAGAAGGCGGCGCCGGGCCUGGCGGAGGCCUUCCUCGGGGCCUGGCGGCGCGGCGGAGGCUUCCGGAGGCCGAGAGGGAGGCGGGCCGGCUUCGAUGGACGCGGCGGGGACGCGGGCGGCGCGGGAGAGCCCGGCCUGGGGCAGCUGCCGGCCGGGAGGGCGCCUGGACAUGAGCCACGGCUUCGUGCGGCACAUCCGGCGCAACCAGAUCGCCAGGUACCGGCGCGGGAGCUCCUGGGCCGAGUGGGGAGCCGAGCCGAGGCCCGCCCCACUUCCAGGGGGGCUUUGCUGCUGCUCCCGCCGGCCGGCCGGCCGCCCUCCCUUCUUUGGGGGCCAAGGAACGGCAGCAGCAGCAGCAGGAAAGCGAUGGCUCGGAGACCUCGCUUGGGAGGCCCGUCUUGUUUGAAUGCUCAGCCCAACCCCGUAAAGUAGGCCAUUGUGGCUGGGAGGAGUUGUUUGGGUGAGUUCAUGGCAAAGAAGGAGAUUCGGGUUCAGUCUCCGGGUCUUACUCGCAGGUAUGUGGGGUACGAUGAGGACCACACCUUUCUUCGGAUGUGCUGCAUCUCCCUUCUUUUUAUUGUUAACUAUUGCAAUGUGCGAGAAAUAACACCAGCUUGAAUAAUUCCAUUUUUGGUGAUCAUUGCGUUUUCCAGGUGGUAUUUCAGUAACUUAUGCCAGCCCUGUUAGGUUAGGUCAGUAUUUUCUCAAAAUCAAAGUGAGAUAUUAUGUUGAUUUCUCUAGGUAUGUAUGGAAUAUAAGUCAUUGGUCUUCUUUUGCAGUUUUUGCUGUUGCUAAAACAAUGGAACUGUCUGCAUACAAAAAGCACGACUGAAAUCCAGUCCAAUACUAUCACCGCAAUCCUACUUAGAAAUCUUACUUAGAAAUCCGAGGGAAUAAGGCAGCAAGCCUGCUCCCACUUACCUGGGAGUAAACCCCAUUGAAUUGCGUAGUACUUGCUUCUGAGUAGACAUGGUAAGGAUUGUGUUGCAAGUCCUGUGGAAUGCAGUGGGCUUUACUACUAACAUGCAGAGAAUUAAACAGCUAUUAAAUAGUAAAAACAAAAAUGUAGGUUUCAUUUCUGAAAACAUUUAUCUGAGACUCUGAGUAAGUUUAUUGAAAUCACUUGGAUUGGUCUCUGAACAUGUGUCCUAUAGGGUUCUUUUGGGUGUUUAUAGCCAGUGGAGGGAAAGAUGGUGCUCAUCUUGCAAAACCUUAAAUAAUCAAUUAUUGUAAUAAUAAAAUGUAUCAAUUGACAAGCUAAUUCCUUUUAUAACUGUUUGCAGGAUUGCGCUCAAAGGGAACAAAGUUUUGGCCAAACUUGGGUUGGGUAUAAAUGAAGCUGACAUUUUUAGCAAUAAAAAUAUUAAAUGAAAUUGUUUUAAAGGAUUUAUUGGUGAGGAGACAGGACUAUUUGACAGGUCUGGAGUACCACAUGAGAUUUCUUCCCAGCAAUUGUGCAUUUCUUCAACCCUCGAAAGUGUCCUAUGAAAAGACUGUGUUGUCUUCCCACUUGCUCUCCAGGGACGACUAUGAUAAGGAGAUGAAGGAAGCUAAGGAAAAGGUAAAGAAGAGGCAUACACCAGCCCCAGCCAGGCCCAAGAAACCAGAUCAGCAGGUCUAUCACCCCUGCCGGAGAAGUGAGUUAACUAUCAAAUAUCCAUCUUCCCAUGUUUCUGUUGUUGUAACAAUUACUCUGGCAAAGGGAGAUGUCAGGACUCCAUACUCCGUGCUUCAAAGAACACGGCCCUUUGAAGGUUCUGCUGAAGCUUUUAUUGGCAUAGAUAGGAUGGGGCCAAGAUGUGAAUACCUUUUCCUGGGACCACAUUUUAUAUGUGCCUCCCUUGCCAUUUCCUCUUUUCUUUUCAGGUAGAGCUGAAACCAUAUCUGGCCUGGAGUAUGAGGGAUCCAGUGAAAGCAGCUCCAGUACAGAACCAGACCAGCUCUCUUCUGGACCAGCUCUCUUCUGCCUGGAAUACGAGGCUGACAGUGGAAAGAUCACUUCCAUUGUUGUACACCAGGUAUGUGACUGGGUGACAUGCUGGGGCAAACUUGGGUUUCCUUUUGCAUUGCUAUCAUGUCUGCUGCCUGGCCUCUUCCUCCAGAUCCAUAGUCCUUUGUUCUUUAUCUUAAUAAUUUCAUUGCAUGUUUACUGCUAAAACACAAAAUAAAAUGAAAGAAAGAGUAAGCUGAAGGAUUGCCCUAUCUGGAAAAAAAAUGAAAUUACUGUUUAAAGGAUGGGUCUCAGUAAUGGAGGAAAUGGGAAGUUACUAAUUUAAAGGUUGAUUCCAGUAACACUGAGAGAAGUAGGACCCAUUUUAAAUGGUACUGCAUGGAAAGACUUUUGCUAAUUGAAAGCUACAGUCAAGCACACUUUCAAGGACCAAAAGGGACUUGCUUCUGAGCCUAAAUAUAUACAUCUUAAGAUCUUGGUUUUGAGAUUGUGGGAUUUUUGUGCGGAAUAUAGUUAUAUAUUAACUGCUGUGUAGAACCAUCAUUUUAUUCUUCUUUUCUUAAAUGAAAAUAAAAAAUAUAACUUAAGUAACACAAGUUCAGUAAAUAUGUUAAUUCCAUUUACGAAAAUAAACUACAGUUACAAGUUACUAAAAAUAGAUUGUCAUGCAGAAGCUUAGCACAUAGUUAGGCCAAAAUAGUGCACUUUAAACAGAAGUUUGCAAAUCACCCAGGAAAUGCAUCCAUUCCACUCAAGAGUACAGGCAUCCCUCCUUUUACAUGGGGCUACAUUCCGGGUCCCGUGCAUGUAGGUGAAAUCGCACAACGUAGGGAGAACCCUCCAUAAAUACUUUAAAUGCCUGUUUUCCCCUGCUAUCCACCUCCCUCUCCCCUGUUCUCUCUAAUCCAGACAAAAAUAUCUAGAGUUGAAGCUCUGGAGCUUGCUGAAGGAUGUGCGGGAAAACUGCAGCAGCAGCUGCACUACCCCACACAUCAGCUGUUUGGCAGGGAAGCCGAGCAGCCUAAAUAAAGCCCCUCUGCACCCCAGGCCUGUUUGGGGCUUCUUCAGGUCUGAGGAGGGUUUCCUCAUGAGGACUCUCCAGCUCUCUUCCGUCAUUUUCUGGUAUGAUUCUAUUUCUUUCCCAGCACUGUGUGUCUGUGCGGUUGCGCACAAGUUGUGUAAAUGGAGGCAUGCCUGUAGUUAUUAUGUAUUAAUAACCUUCCACAUAUAUCCAAAGGUGAUUUAUGAAAUAUAAUAAAAACAGGUAAAAAUAGUUCCAAAGCAGUUAAAAACAACAACGGAAGAGAAGUUUCAGAACCAUAGAAAGUGGAUGUAUAUGGCAGAAACCUAUUUAGCCGCCUAGGAAAGCUUACAGAAUCAACAGUACUUAGGAAGCUGGCUGGCUUACAUAAAACCAGGACACCCCAAAAUUGUUGGGCUUCUUUUUGUGAAACCACCAAAAUUACUGACCUUUUUUUAAGGAAAACCCUAAAAUGCCAAAAAAACGUGAUUUUUCGAUUGACUUGCGUAGGAUCCAGGACAAAGUGCCACCUUUUGGAAACGCCCCCCAAACAUCAGUUCCGCCUUUGAAAUCCUGGUAAUGUCCAGCAAAAUCUGGACAUAUGGCAGUCGUAGCUUACAGGCUUUUCAGCCACGGGGUGGAGUGCAAAGGGUUUUGCUUUCGGAAAUCUGCCUAGUGGUUUCCCAUUCCCUGCGCAUGGUAAUGUAGAUGUUUUGAACCUGCCAUUUUAAUGGGGCCUUUCCUUCUUUCACAUAGGACAAUGACCCUGAUGAGGUAGCUGAGAAGGUCAGUGCUCAGAACCAGCUGGAACCAGCUAUGCGCGAGGCCCUGAGGCAGCGGGUGCAGGAGGAGCUGGAGAAACGGCGGGUGAAGCGCUGAGGGACUCGUCUGGAGGCCUGUGCUGUUUGCUAAUGCUUACCUGGGAAACACUUUCUGGGAAGGGGCCAGUGGGACAUGUCCCAUAGCUGUUGGUUUGAAGCCUUUAAGAGGGGCAGGGAAUUAGCUGAACCCUGGCACAAGGUGGGACUGGCCAUUGUAGCUUCCUCCUCCUGAGACACAGCUGAGACACUGCGCCCUGGAUGAGUGAUUUGGAGGAGCAGUAGGAGAAUCUCUUUUGCGAACAGCUUGCGUUCCCUUGGAGACCUACACAGAAAGAAGCAGACCAGUUGAAACUUGGUCAGACGUCUCCUUUAUAGCCCUGGGCAAUUGGCUCAUGACCAAACCUUCUGUCAAACCUUCUGUCUCCCCUCUCUUGGGAUUAGCCAAACUGCUGGCUGUUGUAUCUCUAGGUGUUAGGUGAAUACAGACCAAGAGGGACAUUUCAUAUUGUUGCUCAGCAAUCUUUCUGUGGGUGAAAAGUGCUUGGACCCAUGUCGUAGCAUUUGGGUGAGCACUUACUAGUUCCCUGCAAUUUGUCUGGGCAGGAGACAUAAGCAACUUUACAACUGGAAUGCCUUAGGGUGAUUGUGAUUUGACCCAGCAUCUCUCGGGUGGGACUGGCAGGUCAGUCUUCCAAGAGCAAGGGGGCUGUUGGAGUCAACAAGCCUUGUUCAGACUUAGACAUGUCCUUUCUACAGCAUAUUUUUUCUGCCUGUAGACUCUUUCCCCUCAAAAUAGGGCUGCAUAGGUUGAUUUUUAGCUUUCAAUUAUGUUGUUAGGAUAUGGGCAAUUGACUGGGUUUUAUCCAACAUUUGGCGGGAUUUUCUUGGGGCUAGGGAUGCUGUUGUGCAGUGCUCUUUUCAUCAACAAAUCUGAAAAACACGCCACAUGAUUGUUAAUAAACGCAUGCAACUUGCUGUUUCGCAUUAGUCCUUUGCUGCAGCUAAGAACAGAAUCCUGGAAUUUGUUCUAAGGGCUUUGAUCCUCCCAUGACCCUUCCUCUGGAAGGAAAAUAUAUUUCUGUCUGCCUAUGUUUCCUGAUGCA